AUGAAAUCUGAUGCCACCAGCAUCACUGGUUGGAGGAUGAAUAGAAUUAUGCUGGUUGCUUGCUUGAUGGACUUUAACACGCUCAUUUUUAUUCAACAUCAAACACACUCUUUCUGGGCUUUGCAUAGAAUAUUCGAAGCUGGCUACUUGAAUCGUUUAUUCUUUCGACGUUUAACAAAUAUGGAAAAUAAUUCUGGUGUAGUAAUUAUUUUUCCAACGAUAACGGAUGAACUUUGCUGA